UUGAGGUAAAUAUAAAUGUAAAAUCAAUAAUAAACGUAAGGCCCAAGCCAAUAUUUCACACUUAUAUAAAUACAACUCACCAACACCACCCUUAUUUGAUUUUUUAAUAAGAAUAAAAAAACAAGAAAAAGAGCAAAUUAACUCAAUAAACCAUGCAGAUCUUUGUUAAAACCCUAACUGGUAAAUCAAUCACCCUUGAGUUUGAAAAUAAUGACACCAUCAACAAUAUCAAGGCUAAAAUCAAAGACAAAGAAGGUAUUUCGCCUGAUCAACAACGUUUGAUUUUUGAAGGAAAGCAACUCGAGGAUGAACGUAAUUUUGCUGAUUACAACAUUCAGAAAGAAUCUACUCUACAUCUAGUGUUAAGGAUGAGAGGAGGAGGUUAUGGCAAGUUUAGUUAUUCGCCUACUCUAUUGACUUUGGCACAAAACUACAAUCAAAACAAGCAAAUUUGUCGCAAAUGCUAUGCUCGUCUACCAUUGAGGGCUACAAACUGCAGGAAAAAGAAGUGUGGACAUAGCAAUCAACUAAGGAGUAAGAAGAUGUUUCAGACUAAGAACCGCGGCGACUAAUUAAGCUUUUUAGGAUUAAGAUUAAGAUUAAUUCAUAUUUAUGGUUAUAUGAAUUAAUGCAUGCAACAGUUACAAUUCAGUGUUAACAAUUAGCUUAAUGCUAUUUUCAAAUUUACUAGAAAUUUCAUGAUAAUAAAACACCCUUUGGAUGUUCAUCUUAUAUCGUUAGUGUUACUUUUCAAUGUUCAUCUUAUAUAGCUAAUGUUUAAUUUUCGAUGUUCAUCUUUUAUAUUAUUCAUAAGUUGUUGAAUUCCUGCAACGCAACACGUUAGUCUUGCCCGGGAUGAUCUCCGAAAAAUGAUGCUGAUAAAGGAGAGUAUGAUGGGUCUCAUGGGGAAUGGUGGUAAGUGAUGGACAAUUACUUAGGAUCAUGGAAGUUACUUGCUUAAUAGCCAAGCAAGACGGUUGAAAAGUUAAGAAAAAGCCCCUUUGACUGAAUGUCAAGGUCAACGAAAAGUCAAAGUGAACCAUAUUGGUUCAAGACCUUGGUAGCUUUGAAAUAAGUGGAAGAGUGGACACAUAAACAACAACAAAAGCAACAAGAACAAUAGGAACUACUCUGAUGUUUCUGUUAUCCUUGUUGCUGCACUUAGUAAUUCACCCAUGGAUCUUGAAUAUAAUGAGAGCCAAGACAGCUAGGAAGGGGGAUGAAUUGAUCAUGGAAGAAUAGAUGCAAAAGAAAGAACAAGGAAAGCCAACAACAUACACAGAACACAAAAAUCAGCAAAACAGAACAGCAGCUGCACCUGACGCCAAAACCGAUGACCAGGCCACCUUGGCAAGCCCGUCCAGACGUGACCCGAGCCUGUGGAAUGACGUGGAAGGCAUAUUUGGAAUCUCCACACUAGGGACUAGCUGCCAUGGUCCAAGAGUUCUUCUGGAAGUCACCGGAGGUGGACUGAAAACGGAGCCGAAGGUCGCCCAGUCGACAGUUUGCAUAGCAGCCAUUACUUAAGUUUCUGGUUGUUUUAUUUUGGCUUAAUUAGACUUGUGUAUAUGCCACGUGUAGUUUAUGACCGUUAAUAACAGCUAUUUCUUCAUGUAAUUAGCCUACUCCUUAUUCCUAGCCUUAUAAAUAGUAGAUAAAUGAAUGUAAAAAGACACGUUGUUGCUUAAU